AUGCAUCAGCUAGUUGAUGAUGGGGCGAGGACUUUCACUGGUUUCUUGGGUACGAUUGCGCGGAAACCCCACAUGUGCCCGAUUAGAUUUCUUAAUUGGAAGGACAUGCCAGAAGAAUUUAAAGAAGAGUGUUGGCGUCUUGUAGAGCGAAAAUACAAUGUCCCUGUUGAUCCUAUUGCAUUUGCGAUUCUGAAGACAUUUACCUUACAAAAAAUGAGGAAGGCUUGGAAGGAUCAUAAGUCUAGGCUGAAGAAACAGCAUUAUAUACCUCAUUCAAGAAACAAAGCACUGGUAAAGAACAACAUACCCCCGGGAUGCAUAACACAAGAUUGGGAAAUACUUGUUGAUCAUUGGUAUACUGAUGAUGCAGUGUUAGAGUCAGAUAAGAAUAAGGAGCGUUAUUCUAAACAGGAUGACUUACAUACUGCUGGUUCUUGUAGCUUUGCUGUGCACACUGCAAAAAAGAAAAAAACGAAUGGACGUCCUGUAGAGCAUGCAGUAUUAUAUUCAAUAUUACAUACUCGUAAAGAUAGAUCUGCAGUUAAUCCUGUAGUGAAAGCAAAAAUGUCAUCUGACAUAAGUGGUAGUAUUGCAUGGUCAAUAGAUGAUGUGUUUGCCAAAGUGAUGGGUAAGGAGCGCAAAGGUCAUAUUCAUGGGGUAGGAUUUGGCCCAAAACCCAAGUGGUCGAAGUUGCAAGAGUGCUCUCACAGACAUUGA